AUGGAGUUAUUCGCAGAUGUCACUCCUCGGACAGCCGAAAAUUUCCGCAGAUUCUGCACAGGUGAAAGCAAAAACUCCCAAGGAAAGCCACAAGGAUACAAGAACAGCAAGUUCCACCGAGUAAUCAAAGAUUUUAUGAUACAAGGAGGCGAUUUUGUCAAUGGAGAUGGAACAGGAUCUUGUACCAUUUAUGGCACCCCCAAAUUCCCAGAUGAGAACUUUGUCUUGAAGCACGACCGCGCAGGUCUCUUAAGCAUGGCUAACUCUGGGCCAAAUACAAAUGGCUGCCAGUUCUUCAUAACAACUACAGCGACUCCAUUCUUGAAUGGGAAGCAUGUCGUGUUUGGGCAGGUAGUGGAUGGCAUGGAUAUCGUGCGGAUGAUCGAAAAUACACGCACAAUUAGGGACAAGCCAAGCCAAGAUGUGAUCAUUACACAAUGCGGAGAGAUGUGA